AGUUCGAGGCUGCGGCGAGCUAUGAUCACACCCCUGCACUUUAACCUGGGAGAAAGAGCGAGACGCUGUCUCACAAAUAGCAAUCCUCCCAUAUUUGUAAUGGACAUAUUAAUAUAGCAACGCUAAAGUUAGUGGUAAAGUGUUUACUGAACCUACUUAAAGACAAAUAAUAAUCAAAUAAUGCUGCAGCCAGUCAGUGCUGACUGAGUAAGCCUAGGUUUAAAUAAAUAGAUUGUUGAUAAACUGCAUUAUCAGGAUUUCUUGGUUACAGAUGGUGGGAAGCAACUGUACAAAUUUAAGGGGGAAAAAAGGAGGAACAUUUGGAAGGAUGUGAUAACAGAUGACAAAAUUGAAGGACAAGCUGAAAAACUAGGACACAACCCGUGCAGCCUGGAGAAUCCAGGUAGCAGGCACUGAUGGCAGGUUUUGUAGGGCACAGUCAGUGCAGUGAAUCCACUCCAGCUGUCUGCCACUUCAAUUCAGAGUUCCUAUUCCAAGAUGUGUCUUGAUUAGCCUAGUAUGAGUCUCAUGCCCACCCCUUGGUCAGGGGAGGGCAAGGCACUGAGAUACCGGGCUACAAAAACAGCUUAUUCCUGGACUCAAAGGGCAUACCUCACGGACACUUAGUUUUUCUCUCCAUUUCUUAGUUCCCUUCUUUGGUGUUGGCUUCAUUUGGUUACAGUAACUUCCAGCCCUCUGAUUCUGUUUGGUUCACAUCCAGUGUCAUCCCUGAAUCUGAGCACCAUGGCCCAGGGGACGCUGUGCCCUUCUAUUAGUCAGACACAAAAUGCAUCCCUGGAGCCACGGCCCCUAAGUCCACAGAUUGUGGGUGAGAGGAAAAUCAGGAUACAGAUACCAAUGGGAGGAGGAAAGGAGGAAAGGAAGCUGAGUGGCAAAGUAACAGACAGUUCAUCAACCUUAUUUCACAGAGACAACCAACCAAAAUGAGAAGCAUUACUUGUUCUGUGACAAAAAACCAAAUGGAAGAAGAUAAUAUAGAAAGACAUUGGUGAAACAAGGAGGUGAAAUACCUAUGUCAGUGGCUAGACAAGAAGCACCGUAAGAUUAAUUUAAAAGGUGAGAGGCAAGAGACACUGUUUCUUAAGAAGUUCGGUCAGUUCAGGCUGUAGUAACUCCAUAAUGGGCUGCUGGGCUUUGUCUUGUUUCAUUUUAGCCAUGAUAGUCCUGAUAAUUAAAUCUGGGCUGAAAUCUGUAUUAACUCUAAAAUGAAAAUAAUAUCAGGAUUCCUUUGAAAUACCUGAGACCAACUGAUUUUGUCAUACUUCUCUUUGAUCUCCGUGGUUCUUCACCAUCCUUCCAAAGUAUAUGUCCCUGCUGUCAUCUCUUCCUAACUAGUAAUCAAAUCCCAGUGCUGCUCUGAAGUUUCCUCAUCCUUUUCUUCAGAUCUUUCCCCCGAGCCUUAUGGUGUAUGGUCCUCUGGUUAACAAAGACCUUUAUCUUUAGCCCUGCGCCCUCCUCAAUGCCCCCAACACAUACUGUCUUCACUUCGUUGAAACCACUUCUCAUCAGGCUGGGAAUCAGGGUGGAGGGAAGACAUGAGGGAAGGAUUCAAUAUUCUCCUGAACCCUUCCCACCAUAACUAUUUAUAAUUUUUUUAAAUUUUGUUUUCUGUCAUUCCUUUUAUUCACUUUUUAAAGUUUACUUGUAGUACCAUUCACUCUCUGGUGUACAGUUAACGUGAGUUUUAACAAAUGCAUACAACCAUAUAACCAUCAUCAUGUGAAGAUGCAGAAUAAUUCCAUUGCCCAACAGAACAACUCCCUUGAGCUGCCCCUUUGUAGCCAGUCCCUUCUUCCCCCCGAUAGUUGCUGGUCUAUUUUCAGUUCCUACAAUUUUGCCUUUUCCAGACUAUUAUAUAAAUGGACCCUACGCAACAUAGCCUUUUGAGUUUGGCUGCUUACAUUUAGUAUCUGUUAUAUCCAAGUAUAAUUUUCUUUGAGUUUAUCUUGUUUGGUAUUCACAGAGCUUUUUGAAUUUAUAAAUUUGUGUAUUUUUUUUCUUCACUGAUGUUCCUUCUCCACCUCUGGGCCUCCAGUGACAUGAAUGUUGGGUCUUUUAGUAUUAUCCCUCAGGUCCCCGAGGCUCUGUUCAUUUUUUUAGUCUCUUUGUUUUCCAGAUUCAGUAAUUUUUAUUUCUCUGUUAAGUUCACAUACUCUUUCCUCUUUCAUGUCCAUUCUUCUCUUGAGCCUAUCCAAUGAUGUUUUAAAUUCAGAUGUUUUAGUUUUUUAGUUCUAAAUUUUUAUGUGUUUACUCAAGUGUAUUUAUCUGUAUUUGCCUCCUGGAGCAUAGUUAUAAUAACUGCUUUGAAACCAUUGUCUGAUAAUUCCAAAACUUGGGUCAUCUGGCCAUUGAUGUCUAUUGUCUUUUGCCCUGAUAGUUGGCUACAAAGUCUGGUUCUUUGUAUGAGGAGAUAUUUUGGACUUUAUCCUGGAUGUUUUGAAUAUGUCAUAUAGACUCUUAGUAGUAUCAGACUCCUCUAGAAAACGCUGGUUUGUUGUAUUGUUUUUGUUUUAGCAGGCAGUCAGCCUGGGUAGUUUCAAGACUUCUAAUGUCAGCUCAGUACUAGGCUCUCACUAUGCUGCUUUGGACCUGGCCCACAUGUAGGAGUUAGUCUGAGGCUUGGGGGAGGGGGGUGUUGUCAUCAUAGUUCAUAUCUCACAGCCUUUGUUCUGCUGUUUUGGGUCUGUCCCAUAAAUGCAUAACUCAAAGGUAAGCCCAAAAUGGUGAAGGUCUGUACACAGAAUUGGGGGAUUCCCUUUUCUAGCUGAUUUCUCUCUGGGAUCCCUGACUCUCCUGGGAUACGUCCAGCUCACGGGUGCUCCUUUUUUUAUUCCUCUGCUGAGAAAGAUGGGGUUUCUCUCGAUUGUAGGUGUCAGUGCCAGGCCUGCUACAGCAUGGCUGUGAUUGGGACCCACUCCCUGGGCAAAGCUUUGAGAGAAGGAAAUGAGAAAGUUACCCCCACACAGAUUGCCUUCCCUACAUUUAACUCCUCUCCCCAAACCACCUACUUUUGUUACUUUUUAUUAUUUAUGUGUUUGUGUUUAUAUUGUACUUUGUCCAGUUUUUUGUUGUUGUAAUUGGCAGGAGAGAGGCUAUAGCUGGUAUAAUCCAUCUUGCCCAGCCCCAGAAGGCCUGAAUCCAUCACCACCUGGUUUAGUUUGCUAUGCUGUGUAACAAAUACCACUAAAUGUAGUGGCUUAAAGCAGUGCACAUCCAUUGCAUGGUUUCUGUGGGUUCAGGAGGCUGUACUCACCUGGGCCCUCUGCAAAGCUGUGCAGUCAAGGCCAGGGGCUGUUUUCAUCUGGAGGCUCUACUGGUGAGCAGUUGCUGCAAAGCUGUGCAGUCAAGGCCAGGGGCUGUUUUCAUCUGGAGGCUCUACUGGUGAGUGGUUGGUAUCCAGGCUUCCUCAGGCUGCUGGCUGAAUGCCAUUCCUUGCAGCAGUAGGAUUCAUGACAGCUUGUUUCUUCAAAACCAGCAGCGAAGAGGGAGACUCUAAAGCCAGUCUGCUAGCAAGUUGGAGUCUUAUGUAACAUAGCCGAGGAGUGACAUACACCUUUGCCAUAUUUGAAUGACUAGAAGCAAGUUGCUGGUCUCUCUCGUACUCCACAGGAAGGGAUUAUACAAAAAUGUGGAAAUCAGAAGACUGUAGAGGCUGUCAAAUACAGGUCUUCUUCACAACUUCUGGUCCUGUUGGUCAGAGCCAUUUGGCAAUGAGUGCCUUUUCCACCCCCAGUCCAGGUGUCGUGCUGAGCGACUUAAGCAUUCUUACAGGCAGUCCAUCUGAUACGCUGGCUUAUGGGCUUUGGACCUUCUCUAUACCAGUGACUUGACUUCACUUUAGAAUCCAGUCCUUGUGACUCUAAAUCUCAAGCAUACUCUCUAUUCUGUUUCUUUCCAUAGUCUAUAGAGUUUUAAAUAUAAUUAAAGCUUUACCUUGUUUUUCCUUUUAGAUUUUAUGCUCAAGGCUGAGACUAUUUUGUCUUAUCCUUCUCAUACUGCCCACAAAAGUCUAGCAAAUACUUCCUGCACAUAGCAGGUAGUCAAAUACAUGUUGAAUAAAUUAAGACCUUAACUAUUUCUAUGACAAGUGCAUAGCAUACCAUUUCCAUCCCCUUCUCUUUUUAAUUUUGUCUGAUAACAUUUUACCAGCCCUUCCUAACAUAAACAGUGAAAGGAAAUUCUAAUAGAAUUAGUCAGUUUCAAAAUAGUGGCAUGUAACACACACACACUCUCUCUCCUUCUCCCUCUGCCCGCUCCCCCCCCACACACAAAUUAGUGAAUAUUUUGAUGACAUGACAUUGAAGUCUAGCCAGUCUAACUUCAGAGUAUAUAGGCAAUGGUGUUCUUUGUAGGUGAAACUAAGGAUGAGAAACAUGUACAAUGUCUGAUAACUAAACCUCAAAGACAAAAAUAGGCCCCUGCCCUCUUUUAUUGAAUUUUCUUCUUUUACAAAUAUAGGAAGUAAUCAACUAACAAAAAGACUGGUAAUUUGUAACAUUUUUCAUCCAGAAUAGUUUUGCAUGAGGUGACUGGAUUCCCAGUCUACCUAUAUAAUUUCACCUUUUGAAUCAUUAUUUCUCUUUCUCCAUCAGACCCUCUGAAACAAAAGUAAAUCAUUGUUUCUCUGGGAAAAUCUACAGUUUAACUAGAAACACCAAAAUGAUACCCACAGAGGCCCAUUUGUGGGAAAUCUUCUUCUCACCCCUUCCUCCUCCUAGUUGCCUCCAAAAUAUGAGUGUUGCUCCUUUUUCUACCCAGAGCCUCCUAAUCUUGUGAUUGCUAAAUUACUUGAGAAUAAAAGAAACAAAUGGAAAACCCAUGUUAUUAAAAAACGUUUUCUUCCUAAUAAAACUCAGUACAGAGGGAUCCAUUAUAGUAUGCCUCACCAUAUGAGGUAUAGUAAUUUAUAUCCAAUUUGGCCCUUCAGACUUGCUCGGGGCCCGGCAGUUGAGCCCAUAUCAGAUUUCCUCCUUACCUAGUUCCCAUUGCUACUGAAACAUAAGCUGAAACACCAGUCGAAGGGAUGCUGUUCUCUUCAGCAGAGCUGGGUAGGGCAGUUGGAGUUCUUUGCAGUGGCAGUAAACUGGAAAGGAAGUGAAUAUGUAUGAAUAGAAGAAUGACUGAAUAAUAUGAUAACAUUUGCACCAUGAUACAUUAUGGAGCCAUUAGAAAUAACAGAUUGGACCUCUCAGUAGGGGGAGGGAGAGAGAAGGGAGAUCCUCCUUCCCUGCAAGUAUUGAAUGAGAACAGCAAGAUGCAAAAAAGUUUCUAUAACAUAAUCCCAGUUAUGCCAACAAUGAUCCAAUAAAAUGUUUGUAAAAAUGUAUAAGUAUUUAUGUUUUCAUACAGUUACACGAGUAGGGACAAAAACGGGAAGAUAUGAACGAGGUGGUUUUAAUGUGGGUCAUCAUGGGGAGGAGAUAUUUGACAUGGAUAUGGAAGGGGGAGAAAGAGUGACUAAGGGAUGCCAAGCAUGUCAGCAACAGGAAAGCAAAUAUUGUCCUGGGGGGAAAAGCACGAUAAGAUUAUAUUUACAAAUGUAUGUUGAUCAUGUAUAUUUAAACGUAAUUUUAAAAAGAAAAUGUUCUGAUUAAAAAGUAAAAUUCUCCCAGCCUUGCCAUUCCUUUUCUUUAUUCUUUAUUCUCCUUGCUUCUUGACUUAUAAAUUUAUUUUACAACUUAGAAAAAAUAUGAAUUGACUCUCCGUUUAAUUGAUACAUUUGUUUUUUUCUUCUUUUAGUAAGUGAAAACACUUUUCAAAUCCAAAUUUAUAAUCUUACUGUGCAAGGUAGACAGUAACUUUUUAAAUACUACUUGAUCAUAUCAGAAAAUAAAGUUUUCCUUGAAAGAGAAACUUACAGAUUUUCUGCACUGUAAAUUUCAGCUGAGAUUAUAUACCAGAAAUUGGUACCAGAAAUGCCCUAAAGGGUAACAGAUUCUUCUCAGGGCCGCAGAGACAGAGUCCUCCUACCAAGGCACUUAUAGCCCAGAGGACGGAGGAAGCUCAUAAUCUUGUUUAAAGCCAGGACAUUUGGCUCCCCAACUGUAACGGAAAAAUAGCCUAAGCAGGAGGCCAGUUCCCAGACAGAUGCAGAUGUUCAUCUUGUCACAUUCUCACUGCAUUUUGUACUUGUUGCCAUUGUAAUAGCGAUAAUUUGUUUUACUCAUUUAUGUAAAUAUCCUUGAAAGUGUAUGUAUUCUUGCUUCCUGCUAUAAUCCCAGAGCACUUAUAAAGCUAUUCAGGCUGGGUGCAGAGGCCCACACCUGUAAUCCCAGCACUUUGGGAGGAUCACUUGAGGCCAGGAGUUUGAGACUAGCCUGGACAACAUAGUACAACACCAUCUCUGUUUACAAAAAUAAACAAAGCUUUUAUUCAGAAAAUACUUAUUACAUGAAUCGGUCCCCACCUCCCUCCCUCCAUCCUUCUUUUCGUCCCUGGUGCUUACUACAACAAAUAGCACAUGUUAGUUGUGUAGUUCCUCAGUGAUUGAAUUAGUGAACAUAUGAGAUGGGUUUGAGGUGUAGACUCUGUAGGAAAAGAAGUGAUUAAAAUAGCUUAGAAGAAAAAGGAAGAGUCAGGAAAUGGGAAGAUUCAGUGAGGACAAACAAUAGGUGCUGUGAAUUAGGCUUUGUCAUAUAAACACGAACACAGGUGAGAAAGUGUGAGAUCUCAUGGCUACUUGGGCUCUUUAUUUACAACAUUCUAUUUUACCAUUAAAGUAAAAUCUGAACUGUGUUGCUGAGGGAAUAGCUAGCUCUAACUAAUUUGUAGAUUAAUAGAAUUAAGCAAAAAUCAUGUUUAUUCCAUUUAUUAAAUAUCUUUUAAAAGUUAGCUUAUAUUGUCUACUUUAUUAAGUGUAAUAUUGGGAGGUAGCUUAAGGGUCUUAUUGUGCUGUAGAUUAAGAAAAUAUAACAAUAGCAGUGGGCAGUUACUAUGUGCUUGGUUUUUGUUCACUUUUUCCCUAGAUUUUAGCUUCAGCCUGAUAAUAGCAAAACCAUCACUCACAGGGGUUGCCUGUCCCUUAUAAGAAGGCUAUAAGUGCAGAUUUCUUAGUGUCUCUGUGCCUUUUAGCAUGAAAACAUCCCUGGAAGGUAUCAUCUAAUAUAAUGAAUAAUCAUUUUCCAAACUGGAUACACAUGCACACCUCCUUUAAAAACGGUGUUUUCUCAACCUUGAUUGGAAAUGGAGUCACAUCUGGAAGCUUUAAAAACUGCCAGUGCUCGAGUUCCUUUCCCAGAGAUUUCCCUGGCAUGGGUUGCAGCCAUUGGAGAUUUUUGAAGCUCUUCAGGUAAUUCUGAAGAACAAAGACUGAGAACCACUGUUUAAAGAAAAAUAUUCAUUAAGACACAGCCACCACCAUGUAAUUUAAAUUUUUCUUAUGAUAGUUAUUUAAAUAUGGAUUAGCUGACACUAGAUUGAAAUUCCUUAUGCAUGUAGUUGUAUAGAAAACACAUUUACAAAUUAAAAACUCCAAAAUUAAUAAAUUCAAAACAUUCAUGGGUGGAUGAUGAUGUUUUGCUAAGACUUUUGUGUAUGUUUUUACUUCUGCGUAGUGUGUUAAAUCCUUCCUGUCUGUAUCAGUCCGGGUCCAACUGGGAUUUAGAAACUACACAGUGAUAUAGACAAGGAAGGUUUGAUUUAAGGAAUAAUUAAACUGCGAUAAAAGGGUAGCUAUAGAAAACUAUGUGGUACCUAGGCCUGAGGAAAGUGUCCAGGGAAAGACCAACUUUGGAAGGAGGCCCCUCCCCAAGGCUAGGGAGGAUCACAAGGGACAAAUCUGUGGAUGGGGUGAGUGACAGAAGACCUGAGCCCACAGUGUCUGUGUUGAGAUGGUCAUGAGAAGAUGACACUAGACCACACCAGAGCCACAAGGUUGCUGAGAAACCGCCCAUGGCUGGAGCCGUUGCAGGGUGGCCUCUCACCCACACGCCUACCCCCACUUCCCCCAGCAGCUAGAAACAGCAGAAGGGCACCUUCCUCUUGCAGUGUCCCUAGGGUGCCCUCUACUGAGAAAGCUCCAUGUUGUACUCACUGAAAGGAGAUUUGUUUAAAGGAACUCUGUCAUUAUUGCAGAGCAAGUGUUUAAGGGUGACUUUGGAGCAAAUAGUCGAUGACUCGGUCACUGACAUAACACCCUAUCCAGCCAAACUCCUUUACAGGUUUUCAGCACUAGCUCAUAGGCUGCUGUGACCCCUUCUGAGCAGAAUUGCUCUAUGUUGUGUUCCAGUGUAUCUUUAUACUAGCUCACCAUGCUGUGUGGAAUCUUUAUUUUUAAUAAAAUUGGCUUAUCAAACAAACAUAAUUAUAGUGUGCAUAAGAAUCACCUCCAAAGAUUCUGAUUUGGUUUUGCUAAGGUGGAAACUAGGAAUCUAUGUUUUUUAAUAGGUACCCCAAUGAUUCUAAUGAUGGUGGUCCCUGAGAUAAUACUUUGAGUAAUACUGGUCUGUGUUUCUCAAAUACAGACUAUUUGAGUGUAGGAGUUGUAUCUUACUCCAUAUCAUGCCCUUAUCCCCAGCAAUGCCUGAUGAUGGGUUAGUGUUCAACAAUGUGGGCUGAAUGAAUGAGACAGCCGGCUACUGAAGAACUCAGGGCAACCUGCAGUGCUGUUAGGGAAGUGUCCCUUUCUAGCACCUUUUCAGAGGGUCCUUCUGUAUUCCAUAUGCAAAAUUCUGACUUAAGACUUGAAGCAGCUAAUACUUUUUCAUUGUUUGACUUAACAUGAUCAUCAAACUUACACUGGUUUUCUUUGUAUUUAAUAGGGAGAAAGAGCAAGAAACACAAGAAGAGGAACGUUUGAUGGAAGAAAAGAAAAAGAAAAAGCAGGAAGAAAAGAAAAAGAAGGAAGGUGCUCAGAAAAAGGCUGCUGAUCAAAAAACCAAAGUGCCAGAACCUACUAAGACCUGUUCAAGCCAGCCCCAACCUGCCGGUACCAGUACCAGUACUUCCACCAGCACUAUCUCCAGCAGCAACAAUGGCAAACGUUCAUGUGCCGGUGGCCAGCAGCCAGCUGCAUCCCGUUACCUGCCUCGUGAGGUGCCUCCACGCUUCCGCCAGCAAGAACAGAAGCAGCUAUUAAAGAGAGGCCAGCCAUUGCCUACGGGGACUCUAACCAGUGUGAGCCCAACCCAGGGUGCUGGGCCUGCAGGGGUAAGCCCACCUCCCCUACCUGGAGCCGGAACACAGCAUCAUCCCAGUAAGCUCCAACCAGAUCUCAGUCAUAGUGGAUUGGCAGAUCAUUAUGAAAAUUCCCACUGGGGACAGCAGCCUACUUACAGAAACGAAGCCAACUGCGGCUGGGAUAAAGUGAUAAUAGAUAGGACUGACAAGGAGGCGUGGCCUUCCAUCACAGGAACAGAGACUGAAUCUGCCUCAGAAUGUACUACAGACACUGACUCUGCCUCCAACUGUGGCUCAGAGAACAGUAGCAUGGCUACAGGGAGUGCCCAGGGCAACUUCACUGGACAUACCAAGAAGACAAAUGGCAAUAAUGGCACCAAUGGCGCACUCGUCCAAAGCCCUUCUAAUCAGAGUGCCCUUGGAGCAGGGGGAGCGAACAGUAAUGGAAGUGCGACCAGAGUGUGGGGUGUAGCCACAGGCUCCAGCUCUGGCCUGGCUCACUGCUCUGUCAGUGGUGGGGAUGGAAAAAUGGACACUAUGAUUGGAGAUGGGAGAAGUCAGAAUUGCUGGGGUGCUUCCAACUCCAAUGCUGGCAUUAAUCUUAACCUUAAUCCUAAUGCCAACCCAGCUGCCUGGCCUGUACUUGGACAUGAAGGAACCGUGGCGACAGGCAACCCUUCCAGUAUUUGCAGUCCAGUCAGUGCCAUAGGUCAAAAUAUGGGCAACCAGAACGGGAACCCAACAGGCACUUUAGGUGCUUGGGGAAACUUGCUGCCGCAAGAGAGCACAGAACCACAAACGUCCACUUCUCAGAAUGUGUCUUUCAGCGCACAACCUCAGAACCUUAACACUGAUGGACCAAAUAACACUAACCCCAUGAACUCUUCACCCAACCCUAUCAAUGCAAUGCAGACAAAUGGACUGCCAAACUGGGGCAUGGCUGUUGGUAUGGGGGCCAUCAUCCCGCCCCACCUGCAAAGCCUUCCUGGUGCUAACGGAUCAUCAGUUUCUCAAGUCAGUGGGGGCAGUGCUGAAGGAAUAAGCAAUUCUGUAUGGGGACUGUCCCCAGGUAACCCUGCCACAGGAAAUAGCAAUUCUGGGUUCAGUCAGGGGAAUGGAGACACUGUGAACUCAGCAUUAAGUGCUAAACAAAACGGAUCCAGCAGUGCUGUGCAAAAGGAAGGAAAUGGAGGAAAUGCUUGGGAUUCAGGACCUCCUGCUGGUCCUGGAAUACUCGCCUGGGGAAGGGGCAGUGGCAACAAUGGCGUUGGUAAUAUCCAUUCGGGAGCUUGGGGCCACCCCAGCCGAAGCACCUCUAACGGUGUGAAUGGGGAAUGGGGAAAGCCCCCAAACCAGCAUUCCAAUAGUGACAUCAAUGGGAAAGGAUCAACAGGGUGGGAGAGUCCUAGUGUCACCAGCCAGAACCCUACCGUGCAGCCUGGUGGUGAACACAUGAACUCCUGGGCCAAAGCGGCAUCUUCUGGAACUACAGCAAGUGAAGGAAGUAGUGAUGGUUCUGGCAACCACAAUGAAGGAAGCACUGGGAGGGAAGGAACGGGAGAAGGUCGAAGGCGAGAUAAAGGGAUUAUAGACCAAGGGCAUAUCCAGUUGCCAAGGAAUGAUCUUGACCCAAGAGUUCUAUCUAAUACUGGUUGGGGACAGACUCCUGUAAAGCAAAACACUGCCUGGGAAUUUGAAGAAUCCCCUAGGUCUGAAAGGAAAAAUGACAAUGGGACAGAGGCCUGGGGUUGUGCAGCUACUCAGCCUUCAAACUCAGGGGGGAAGAACGAUGGGUCCAUCAUGAACAGUACAAAUACCUCUUCAGUAUCUGGGUGGGUCAAUGCGCCACCUGCCGCUGUGCCAGCAAACACAGGUUGGGGAGACAGCAACAACAAAGCGCCAAGUGGUCCGGGGGUUUGGGGGGACUCGAUAAGCUCUACUGCUGUUAGUACUGCUGCUGCUGCCAAGAGUGGCCAUGCUUGGAGUGGGGCCGCAAAUCAGGAGGACAAGUCACCCACCUGGGGUGAGCCUCCAAAGCCCAAAUCCCAACACUGGGGAGAUGGACAAAGAUCAAAUCCAGCCUGGAGUGCUGGAGGGGGAGAUUGGGCAGAUUCAUCGUCUGUCCUUGGACACUUGGGGGAUGGGAAAAAAAAUGGAUCUGGAUGGGAUGCUGACAGUAAUAGGUCAGGGUCUGGUUGGAAUGACACCACGAGAUCUGGGAGCAGUGGCUGGGGCAACAGCACAAAUACAAAGGCCAAUCCAGGUACAAACUGGGGGGAGACUUUAAAACCUGGCCCCCAACAGAACUGGGCUAACAAACCCCAAGACAACAAUGUGAGUAACUGGGGAGGAGCUGCUUCUGUGAAACAGACAGGAACAGGGUGGAUCGGGGGGCCAGUACCAGUCAAACAGAAGGACAGCAGUGAGGCAACUGGCUGGGAAGAACCCUCUCCACCGUCCAUUCGCCGCAAAAUGGAAAUUGAUGAUGGUACCUCAGCUUGGGGGGACCCAAGCAACUAUAACAAUAAAACUGUAAACAUGUGGGAUAGAAACAACCCGGUCAUCCAGAGCAGUACCACGACCAAUACCACCACCACCACCACUACCACGAGCAACACCACACACAGGGUCGAGACGCCGCCACCGCACCAGGCCAAUACUCAGCUGAAUCGAUCACCAUUGCUCGGUCCAGUUUCAUCAGGCUGGGGAGAAAUGCCUCAUGUUCACUCAAAGACUGAAAACUCUUGGGGAGAACCAUCCUCCCCUUCUCCCCUGGUGGAUAAUGGCACAGCAGCGUGGGGGAAGCCACCCAGCAGUGGUAGCGGGUGGGGAGAUCACCCUGCCGAGCCGCCAGUGGCGUUUGGAAGAGCUGGCGCACCUGGUGCUGCCUCAGCCCUGUGCAAACCAGCUUCAAAAUCUAUGCAAGAAGGCUGGGGCAGUGGUGGGGAUGAAAUGAACCUCAGUACCAGCCAGUGGGAGGAUGAAGAAGGGGACGUGUGGAAUAAUGCUGCUUCCCAAGAAAGCACCUCCUCCUGCAGCUCCUGGGGGAAUGCCCCCAAAAAAGGACUUCAAAAGGGCAUGAAGACAUCUGGCAAGCAGGAUGAGGCCUGGAUCAUGAGCCGGCUGAUCAAACAACUCACAGACAUGGGCUUCCCGAGAGAGCCAGCCGAGGAGGCCUUGAAGAGUAACAAUAUGAAUCUUGAUCAGGCCAUGAGCGCUCUGCUGGAAAAGAAGGUGGACGUGGACAAGCGUGGGCUGGGAGUGACCGACCAUAAUGGAAUGGCCGCCAAGCCCCUCGGCUGCCGCCCGCCAAUCUCCAAAGAGUCUUCCAUGGACCGCCCCACCUUUCUUGACAAGGAUGGCGGCCUCGUGGAAGAGCCCACGCCUUCACCGUUCUUGCCUUCCCCAAGCCUGAAGCUCCCCCUUUCACACAGUGCACUCCCCAGUCAGGCCCUGGGUGGGAUUGCCUCCGGGCUGGGCAUGCAAAACUUGAAUUCUUCUAGACAGAUACCGAGUGGCAAUCUGGGUAUGUUUGGCAAUAGUGGAGCAGCACAAGCCAGGACCAUGCAGCAGCCGCCACAGCCACCAGUGCAGCCUCUUAACUCUUCCCAGCCCAGUCUCCGUGCUCAAGUGCCUCAGUUUCUAUCCCCUCAGGUUCAAGCACAGCUUUUGCAGUUUGCAGCAAAAAACAUUGGCCUCAACCCUGCACUAUUAACCUCGCCAGUUAAUCCUCAGCAUAUGACGAUGUUGAACCAGCUCUAUCAGCUGCAGCUGGCAUACCAACGUUUACAAAUCCAGCAGCAGAUGUUACAGGCCCAGCGUAAUGUGUCCGGAUCCAUGAGACAACAGGAGCAGCAAGUUGCGCGCACAAUCACUAAUCUGCAGCAGCAGAUCCAGCAGCACCAGCGCCAGCUGGCCCAGGCCCUGCUUGUGAAGCAGCCACCACCGCCACCGCCCCCGCCGCACCUGUCUCUGCACCCCUCUGCAGGCAAAUCGGCCAUGGACAGCUUCCCCUCGCACCCACAGACUCCCGGCCUACCUGACCUGCAGACCAAAGAGCAGCAGUCUUCACCCAACACCUUUGCUCCUUACCCUCUUGCUGGACUGAACCCAAACAUGAAUGUCAACAGCAUGGACAUGACCAGUGGCUUGUCGGUGAAGGACCCAUCCCAGUCCCAGUCACGCCUCCCCCAGUGGACGCACCCCAACUCCAUGGAUAACUUGCCCAGUGCCGCUUCCCCCCUGGAGCAGAACCCUAGCAAGCAUGGUGCUAUCCCUGGAGGUCUAAGCAUUGGGCCUCCAGGUAAGUCCUCCAUUGAUGACUCCUAUGGCCGGUACGAUUUAAUCCAGAACAGUGAGUCACCAGCCAGUCCUCCCGUAGCUGUUCCCCAUAGCUGGUCACGUGCCAAAUCUGACAGUGAUAAAAUCUCAAAUGGCUCUAGCAUCAACUGGCCCCCAGAAUUCCAUCCGGGAGUUCCAUGGAAAGGACUACAGAAUAUUGACCCUGAGAAUGACCCUGACGUCACUCCUGGCAGUGUCCCCACUGGGCCUACCAUCAAUACCACCAUCCAGGAUGUCAACCGCUACCUCCUCAAGAGUGGAGGGUCCUCCCCGCCAUCAUCUCAGAAUGCCACGCUGCCUUCCUCGAGUGCCUGGCCGCUCAGUGCCUCCGGCUACAGUAGCUCUUUCAGCAGCAUUGCAUCCGCACCUAGCGUUGCAGGUAAACUGUCAGACAUUAAAUCAACGUGGUCCUCUGGCCCUGCCUCCCACACGCAAGCCUCUCUGUCUCAUGAACUGUGGAAGGUGCCCAGAAACACUACUGCACCCACGAGGCCACCUCCAGGGUUAACCAAUCCCAAGCCCUCCUCCACCUGGGGUGCCAGCCCCCUUGGCUGGACCAGCUCCUACUCCUCAGGUUCUGCCUGGAGCACCGACGCCUCAGGAAGAACCAGCAGCUGGCUCGUUCUUCGAAACCUCACUCCCCAGAUUGACGGUUCUACACUGCGGACAUUGUGUUUGCAACAUGGGCCUCUCAUCACAUUCCACCUGAAUCUGACUCAAGGCAAUGCCGUGGUCCGGUAUAGCUCCAAGGAGGAGGCUGCCAAGGCCCAGAAGUCUUUGCACAUGUGCGUCCUGGGAAACACUACCAUCCUGGCUGAGUUCGCUGGCGAAGAAGAAGUGAAUCGCUUCUUAGCCCAAGGCCAGGCGCUGCCACCCACCUCCAGCUGGCAGUCCAGUAGCGCGUCCAGCCAGCCGCGGCUCAGCGCAGCGGGCAGCUCCCAUGGCCUGGUGCGCAGCGACGCUGGCCACUGGAAUGCCCCAUGCCUGGGUGGCAAGGGGAGCAGUGAGCUGCUGUGGGGUGGGGUGCCCCAGUACUCCAGCAGCCUGUGGGGCCCGCCCAGCGCUGACGACAGCAGGGUGAUCGGCAGCCCCACCCCUCUGACCACCCUGCUGCCUGGGGACCUACUCAGCGGGGAGUCCCUGUAGGAGCUGCCAUCAUCAGCACCAGGAGAGCCGACCCCUCCCAGGACCCCUCCCAGCUGGGCGGCCCCACAGACCCGCUGGAACCCAGCAGCGGCCACCCUUUUGAGUACCUCUGUCCAGGACUGAAGACGAACCUUGGCCGCAGUCCUUGCGAACUGUUCGCAAAACAGUGCGGGCUGCGGUGGGUCAGCGUCACAUGCUAAUGACAGGAUGUUCCUCGUAGCUUUUUAUUUUGUGUGUCUUAUGUUUGUAUAGUGUGUUGUCAUUUUGAUUUUUUUUUUUUAAAGUAUAAAAGCUGCUUAGAAUAGUUCUAUCAUGAAGGGCACUUUUCAGAUUGUGGGCUGGAAAGGGUUAUUUUAUCUGUGGGGGAGGGAGGGAGACGUGAAGCCUAUUUAAAAUGAGCCUGUGACGAUUAUGCACAUUACCAGAGGCGGCCGGUAAUCAGGGCAGAGUCUGGUGUGGACCGCCGGGCGCAGAGCGGCUCCACGGUGGGAGCUGAGCGGAAGGCGUGGGCUGCGAUCUGCUCUCUGUUCCCCUGGAUCCGCCUAUGCACAUUACCCUUGUUUCAUUACUUUUUCAUGUCAUUUUUUUAUCCCAAAAAAUAUUUUUUAAAAGUUAAAAAAAGACAUAUCAAACAUGCAAAUACUUGAAUCCAGCAGGCCAAUAGUGAAAUGUGAACACUUUCUAAUUCUACACUUCCAGGUUGACAUCAGUACACAGAAACAGGCUCUAGGAAAAAUUUCUGAGUUCAUAGCCUCCGUGUGUAUGUAUGUGUGCGUGUUGAAACAGAAGUGUAUGUGUGCGUGUGUGGCGCGUGCUCCUGCACAGCGUGCAUUUUCUGUGUUUGUGUGUUUGAAAGCGUGUGAGGAUUUAACUGUGGGUUUUCCCUUGUAUUCAGUAUAUGCUUUUUUUUUUUUGGCGCAUUGGUCAAACGUUUGUUAUUAUUAGCUUCUAACUUUGCACUGAGUGUCCUCGCCCUUCCUUUAGCUAAUCCUAUACAUUACAGAGAAUUCCUAGGACAGGGCUGGCGACAAUUCAUGUGUAAAUGUUUACUCAAGGACUCUGUGACUGCGUUUAAAAAGUACAGUGUAUAUCUCUGGAGAAAUAAUAUGUAUACCUACCUUUAGCAGCUUUUUAUUGUGGACUAAUGCAAGAAAAUUAUUACCAGAGUAUUGCACCAUUUUUCCAUUUGGAAUAUAAAGUUAAAGAGAAAAAAAAAACUGUUGUUGAACUGUGGCCAUAGAUACUUGUAAAGAAUGGAUGGUUCCGUGGAAGGAACAGAAACAAGCACUUGGGCGUGGGUUGUGACUGCUUUUGGGGGAGCCUGGGGUUUGGGCUCCCACCUGUUUACAGACCUUUUUUUCUCCUUCAGACUUUAAAAUUUUAAAAAUUUAAAAAGGAAUUAAAAAAAAAAAAAAAAGACUUCCGUCGUAAAGAAACCUAUUUUCAGAAUGCAGAUGCGCUCCUUCAGAGCUCUGGGACGGGACGGCGUUGUUCCCUCGGCCAUCGUCGUGGAUUCUGUCGAUUGCUUUCGCCCCUUCGUCAAGGUGACAGGCGUUGUGGCCACUGUCUUGCACAUGCCGGACGCGCUCUCAGGAAAGCCAGGGCUCCCGAGGGCAGCUCCACACCAUUUCAUGUAUUUUUAAACCCAACUCCUAGCACUGAAGAUGUUAUUUAAAAAAAAAACAAAAAAAACAAAAAAAUGAAAAAAAAGAAAAAGAGGAAAAAAAAAUCACAAAGAAGAAAAAUACCUAAUCUCUAAUGUGUAGCAGUUACAUAUUUACCAAAUAAUGGACUCAAAAGAAAUAGAUGUUUGAAGAGUGCUUUAUAUAUUAAAAAUUGCUUUAUGUUUUAAAAAUGAUCAAUGUUUUGAUUGUUUUGCAAGGAAGAAAGACAAUGGAAUAACAUACCCUCAAGUAUGUUUUAAAAUAUAUAUAUAUGAACAUUGUGCUCCCUGCCUGCUUGAUCAGGAAACUUGUGCAUUACAUUUUUUUUAAUUAGCUUUUUAAUGGUUUUAUCAAAACAAAAAAAAUACAAAAAAAAAAAGUCCUGCAAGAUUGCAGAUCCACAAAAGCUGGUUUUAUAGAGGAUCAUGAACUAUGCACAAACUGGGUUCAAGACUUUUUUUCUCAAGUUUAGUAGGAUAUUUAGCAAAACCAACCUUCCUCAGAGUGACUGCAUCUCAUUGCCAUUACAUGCGUUCUAUAUAUUUGAUGGACAUACACACCUGCGUAUGUAUAUCCAAUAUGUGUGUGUGUGAGCGUGCGUGUGCGUAUGUGCACCCGACAUACCACUUCCCGUGCUGCCGGCGAGCAUUGAGUUGUAGAAAAACUCCUGUUGUUUUAAAAUUGGGGAUGGAAGUCAAGAAUAUGUUUGUUUGUUUUUGGGUUUUGUUGGGUUUGUUUGAGGUUUUUUUGUUUUUUUUGUUUGUUUUGUUUUGGGGUUUUUUUGACCUUUUAUUUUGAACUUAGUAUGUCUGUAACUCUGAGAUUAAAAAACAAGUUUGUGGCUCUUAAUGUUUUCCUCAUAGAAUGUGAUUGUUGCAGAACAUGCAUCGAAAGUUGCUUUCGAAAGUACAACGCUUUAUUGAAUCUUAAUAAAUUGCAAUUUUUUUUCUUGGCUGUUCAAA